AUGUCCGUAGUAAUUGCAUGUGUCAAAGCUGAGGCUUUGUGUAACUGGGACCGGGAGACUUACAAUUUUAAUUUAGACGGAGAUAACUGUGUGGAGCUUUGCAGCCGGCUGGACCGGCAGUUCAAAGAGAAGGUGUUCCUGCGCCAACAAGGGAGCUACAUCCUGACAGUGGAGGCUGGCAAGCAGCUCCUGCUCUCUGCUGACAGUGGCGCCGAGGCGGCCUUGCAGGCUGAGCUCACAGACAUCCAAGAGAAGUGGAAGUCGGCCAGCACGCAUCUGGAGGAGCAGAAGAAAAAGCUGGCAUUUCUGUUGAAAGUAAGUCCAGUUAGGGUCCCCUCACAGGAGCUGUGCUGUUUCCUCCCACUGUUUCUCGGAGAAGCACAGUGUGACAGAUCCCCGAGCACCGCCCUCCAGUGCGUCUCCUCUGUUACUGAAGACUCUGUCCUAUCUUGCACGAACUGGAAAAGUUUCCCAGUUUUCAGCACUUCCUCUUUCAGGAAAACCCCCAGACUAUAUUUUAGCCACUACUUGUACUUCAAUGUGCAGCAUGAUCAACGCCUUUCACCAUCUCACCAAUUCUCUGCCCGCAGGGUGAAGAAGCUCAAGGAGACCCUGGUGGCUGUGCAGCAGCUGGAUAAGAACAUGGGCAGUCUGAGGAUUUGGCUGGCCCACAUGGAGUCAGAGCUGGCCAAGCCCAUAGUCUACGAUUCUUGUAACUCUGAAGAAAUACAGAAGAAACUGAGUGAGCAGCAGGAGCUGCAGAGAGACAUUGAGAAACACAGCACAGGCGUCGCCUCUGUCCUCAACUUGUGUGAGGUCCUGCUGCAUGACUGUGACGCCUGCGCCACCGACGCGGAGUGUGACUCCAUCCAGCAGGCCACACGAAACCUGGACCGGCGGUGGAGGAACAUCUGUGCCAUGUCCAUGGAGAGGAGACUCAAAAUUGAAGAGACAUGGCGACUGUGGCAGAAGUUUCUGGAUGACUAUUCUCGUUUUGAAGACUGGCUGGAGAUUUCAGAAAGGACGGCUGCAUUCCCCAGUUCUUCUGGGGUGCUCUAUACAGUUGCCAAGGAGGAGCUGAAGAAGUUUGAGGCUUUCCAGCGGCAGGUCCACGAGAGCCUGACCCAGCUAGAGCUCAUCAACAAACAGUACCGGCGCCUGGCCAGAGAGAACCGCACAGACUCCGCCUGCAGCCUCAGGCAGAUGGCCCAUGGGGGCAACCAGAGAUGGGACGACUUACAGAAGCGGGUCACCUCCAUCUUGCGCAGGCUCAAGCAUUUCAUUAGCCAGCGUGAGGAGUUUGAGACAGCACGGGACAGCAUUCUGGUCUGGCUCACGGAGAUGGAUUUGCAGCUCACCAAUAUCGAACAUUUUUCUGAAUGCGAUGUUCAAGCUAAAAUAAAGCAACUCAAGGCUUUCCAACAGGAGAUCUCACUGAACCACAGUAAGAUCGAGCAGAUCAUUGCCCAGGGAGAGCAGCUGAUAGAGAAGAGCGAGCCACUGGAUGCUGCUGUCAUCGAGGAGGAGCUGGAUGAACUCCGACGCUACUGCCAGGAGGUCUUCGGACGUGUGGAAAGAUACCACAAGAAACUGAUCCGCCUGCCUCUACCAGAUGACCAUGACCUCUCGGACCGAGAGCUAGAUCUCGAAGACUCCAUGGCUCCUUCAGACCUACACUGGCAGGACCCCUCUGAAGAUGGCAUGCCCUCCCCACAGCCUUCUUCCAACCCCUCCCUCUCCCUUCCUCAGCCCCUCCGGAGUGAGCGGUCAGGGAGAGAUACCCCAGCCAGCGUGGACUCCAUCCCUCUGGAAUGGGACCACGAUUAUGACCUGAGUCGAGACCUGGAGUCAGCAUCUCGAACUCUGCCUUCAGAAGAUGAAGAAGGCGAGGAGGACAAGGAGUUCUACCUCAGGGGAGCUGUUGGAUUGUCAGGGGAUCCCACCUCACUGGAGUCACAGAUGAGGCAACUGGACAAAGCUCUGGAUGACAGCCGCUUCCAGAUACAGCAAACUGCAAAUAUCCUCAGAGGCAAAACUCCCACAGGGCCAGACCUGGGCACCAGCUACAAGGGCUACAUGAAACUACUCGGUGAAUGCAGCGGCAGCAUAGAUUCUGUGAGGAGACUGGAGCACAAGCUGGCAGAGGAAGAGAGCUUUCCCGGCUUCACUAACCCCACCAGCACAGAGACUCAGCCAGCUGGUGUGAUUGACCGCUGGGAGCUCCUGCAGGCCCAGGCAAUGAGCAAGGAGUUGAAGAUGAAGCAGAACCUUCAGAAGUGGCAGCAGUUUAAUUCAGACCUCAACAACAUCUGCGCCUGGCUAGGAGAGACCGAGGAGGAACUGGACAGGCUCCAGCAUCUGGCGCUCAGCACCGACAUCCACACCAUCAAGUCUCACAUCAAAAAGCUCAAGGAGCUCCAGAAAGCCUUGGACCACCGCAAAGCCAUCAUCCUCUCCAUCAACCUCUGCAGCUCUGAGUUCACCCAGGCCGACAGCAAGGAGAGCCAUGACUUGCAGGAUCGCUUAUCCCAGAUGAACGGGAGAUGGGAUCGCGUGUGCUCUCUGCUAGAGGACUGGAGGGGUUCGCUGCAGGAUGCGCUGAUGCAGUGCCAGGAUUUCCAUGAAAUGAGCCACGCUUUGCUUCUCAUGCUGGAAAACAUUGACAGAAGGAAAAAUGAAAUUGUCCCAAUUGAUUCAACCCUUGACCCAGAGACGCUUCAGGACCAUCACAAGCAGCUCACGCAAAUAAAGCAGGAGCUUCUGAAGUCCCAGCUCAGAGUGGCCUCACUACAGAACAUGUCUCGCCAGCUCUUGGUGAAUGCUGAGGGUUCAGAUUGUCUAGAAGCCAAAGAAAAAGUCCAUGUGAUUGGAAAUCGGCUCAAGCUUCUCCUGAAGGAGGUCAGCCGUCAUAUCAAGGAUCUGGAGAAGCUACUAGGCAUGUCAAGCAGUCAGCAGGAUUUGUCUUCAUGGUCUUCUGCAGAUGAGGUGGACACCUCGGGGUCAGUGAGUCCUACAUCAGGAAGAAGUACCCCAAACAGACAGAAAUCGCCACGAGGCAAAUGUAGUCUCUCACAGCCUGGACCCUCUGUCAGCAGCCCAAAGAGCAGGUCCACAAAAGGUGGCUCCGAUUCCUCCCUUUCUGAAACCAGGCCAGCACGGGCGGGUCGAGAUUUCUUGUUCCGGGUUCUCAGGGCAGCUCUUCCGAUUCAGCUGCUCCUACUACUCCUUAUCGGACUCACCUCCCGUGUACCCAUAUCGGAAGAAGACUACAGCUGCGCCCUCUCCAACAACUUUGCCAGAUCUUUCCAUCCCAUGCUCAGAUAUACCAACGGCCCUCCUCCCCUCUGAAGCAAGCACACGUGCAGGCAGCAAGAGGGAAGCAGGUCCAAAGCAACCCCAGGCUGUCAGAGAAGGCAUGAUCUUGGCAGAGGUCCUCAUAUGGCAGCUUCCGUUCUCCCUAACCCGUGUAUAAAAGAAGAAAGAAAAAAAAAAGCCUUUGGACAUGGACAGUAAACAACAGGAGGCAAACAAACAUGUAAUUGGUACAGUGUCAUUUGACACUCUGAGCCUUAAUACUAAAGAAAUUAGGGACAUAUAGGGUUCCCUAGACCCAUGAAGUCUGGGCCUUUGGCGUAGCCAAUGGCCCUCCCUACUGGGCCGUCUGGGCAGUUUUCCUAUGGUGCUGCUCGAUCAACCCGAAAGCCCCUCUCCCAGGCACCAUGUCAGUAUCAUACAAUCUACCAACCCACGCCUGCUGGAGGGGUUAGGACCUCCUCACCAUUUUUAGGAGCAUACGUGGCAGCUUCCUUUGUACCUUGUUUUCUUUGGGGCAUGAUGUUUUAAUGUUGCUUUAGAGGUACAAGCUGUAAAUUUGAAAGGCACUUUUUUUUUUUUUUAAAAAGGGUAUAAAGAAAAUCUGGAUGUAAUAAAUAAAAUCACAGAAAGGUUUAUGUGAAAAAAAUUGAAUGUUAUGGUAUAAAAGAGAUUUUUAUGUAUGUACAGUUUGCUACAGCCAAGUUUCUGUUUGUUGAUUUCUUUGCAUUUAUUAUAGAUAUUAUAAAGACCUU